AGCACGCUGAUUCCGAUUGUGAAAAGUCGUUGCCGCUCGUGCUUGUUGGUCGGGGAUCCGAAUCAAUUGCCGGCAACAAUCCUAGCUCCAGAAGUGGAUGCCGUAGCCUGCUGCACUACUAGCGAAGAAGUAGUAGGGCUUGGACGACAAGGGCACGAUCAGAAUCAAUCAAAUCUCCAGAAUCUCCAGAAUCACUCUUCUUCUUCGAAGCCGUUGUUGAGCUACUCGUUAUUCGACCGGUUUCAGAGCAACAGAAUGCAACCGCUGCUCUUGGAUACGCAGUACAGAAUGCAUCCCGCCAUUAGCGAAUUUCCGGCUAAGGAGUUUUACCACUCACGCUUGUUUGACGACCCUAUGUACCAGAAUUUGAAGCAUGUGGUGAAGGACGAGCUAGCGAAUUUCCACGUCCUGGAUACAGGUGCGAUUCAAGGCAACGUGGAGGAAAAAUGCGGAACCAGUUGGCGCAAUGAAACCGAGGCCAGAAUCGUGGAACAACUAGUGGCCUAUGUUCAGCGGGUGCACCCGUGGAUGGAAGUAUUGGUUGUUUGCCCCUAUGCUGGGCAAGUGACUCGACUGAUGCGGUUGGAAAAGAACUUGGACAGUGUAGACAACACUUAUCGGGACUUUAUGGAGAACCGAAUGACAGCGGAGACGGCAGCGGUCCAAGUGCAAACGAUUGACGGGUGUCAGGGAAGCCAAAGUUGCUGUGUCAUCUUGAACACGGUGCGCAGCAAUGCGAGAGGCGACGUUGGGUUUUUGGGGCGCGAUUUUCGUCGUGUGAACGUGGCGCUCACGCGCGCCGAGCGCCACUUGUUUGUAGUGGGGAAUAUGGGAACUUUACGCCGGUCCGGCAGUGGAUUUUUGACCAGAUGGUGUCAGCAUGUCGUAGACCGAAACGCGGUUACAAACUUGUUGUCUCUCCAAAACCUUCCAGCUGCGUUUGACCAGGCACUGCAACGUCGCUGUCUCGGUUGUGGCGAGAAGGGACGACUCGAAAACGUGCGCUUUUGUGUCCCGGGUACUUCAUCUAAGCCUAAUAUGCUAGCCGACAACUUCUGUGGGCAUUGCCGGGUUCCACGCGUGGUGCAGCUAGUUCGCGCAGCGCAGCAACUGAAGCAAGAGUGUGAUCGGAGUUUGAAGUUGAAAACGUUCGAUGAAUCCUUUCCUAUGCUUGCGGUCGACGGUUUGGAGACUGAGGAACCCUCAACGAUCGACUUAGAUGAUAUCAUGUCCUCGGAAGAGGAAGAGCUCACAGCUCGGGAUGCGGCGUUAGACUGGCUUAAAGGCCUUGAGAAAAAUGUGCAAGAAGGACCAAGGAAGGAAGACCAAGGCGAUGGUUCUGUUCUGGGAAAAAAGGAAGACCGAGACCUGCAUGAGGAACAGGAAUUGGAACAAGAACUUCAACUCUACUUGGGUACAAGAACUACAUCUGCUCCAGGCAGUGAUAGUAAUAGUGGUGGUGCUGCAAGCAGUGUAGUCAGGCGUUUUUUAGCAUCUUCAUCUUCUCUUUACACUCGGGAACCAGAAGAGCAAGAUCGACCUCGGAGACUGCCUUUUGAGUUGUACAAUCUGCGCAAUGCCGCGUCCUUGCUUUCUUCUACUGAAGCAAAGGAAUGCAUGAUUUACUUGCGAAAGAGAGGCAGAAAGUGGAGGUCAACCUACACAAAAAAUGUAACUGCUGGUGGUCCAACCAGUGGUGGAUCUUCUAACACUCAGCAUCAGUAUCAUCAUCAUGCCACUUCAACUACUACUUCUUAUAACUACAAUGGCAUUGGAACCGGAACUUCUGCUGGAGCUUCGUCAGCAUCUGCUCAUGGCGACGCGGAAUCUUCCAGAUUACCCGAUAACUCUAGAGCAGGACCCGAAGUUGGACAUGGUGGCUCAGAUGGUGCAUAUAAUGGAGGUAGCGCAACCACCAGUCAUCCUGUCAAUCCACCGACUGGAGGUUCUUUCGCCACGGGAGGAGGUUCCUUCGUGUCUACUGGAGGUGCAGCACCAACGAGGUCGGUCAAGUCUUUCACCUUGGCGUCACUGAGAGCCGCUCGCAAACGACAAGCUGUUGAGUAG